GACCAUACAAACUCAUCAAAGCAAGUUACAAAUUAAACCUGAAAAACAUGUCGUCUCCCUCAUCGUACUCUUCAACUCUCAUCUUUCUCGUUGUUUCCAUCCAGAUCCUUACAUGUUUUGCCCAAGUUCCGGCCAAGAACACCUUCAAGUUUGUGAAUGAAGGGGAACUAGGCCCUUACGUUGUGGAAUACCGAGCCGAUUAUCGUGUUGUUGAUGUGUUUAGCAAUCCUUUUCAGCUUUGCUUUUACAACACCACUCCGAAUGCAUACACCCUAGCACUACGCAUGGGCACGGUCCGCUCGGAGCUCCGCAUGCGAUGGGUGUGGGAAGCCAACCGGGGAAAGCCGGUUCGUGACGGCGCCAUCUUUGAGCUCCGACAGGAUGGAAAUCUCGUCCUUGCCGACGUUGACGGUCGGGUGGCGUGGCAAUCCGAGACGGCCAACAAGGGGGUGGUCGGCUUCAAGUUGUUACAAAAUGGUAACAUGGUACUUCAUGACGCCAAGGGCAAUUUUGUCUGGCAAAGUUUUGAUCACCCCACUGAUACUCUCUUGGUGGGUCAGUCUCUCCGUCUAUCUGGCCCAAAGAAAUUGGUGAGCCGGGCCUCAGAGACCCAAAAUACCAACGGCCCAUAUACAAUAAUUCUUGAGCCUACGAGGUUGGGCUUUUACAACCAAACCAAGAACUCUGCCAGGCCCAUUUUGUAUCAUGACUCUUCAAAGUGGUUCUCUGUUGGUAAGAGUAGUUUGGAGGAGGUGAAGUUCAAUGCCAAGACUCAAACAUUGAAAUUGGACUACAAGGUCGCUAAAUCUUCAAAGUUGGGGGCCCAUGUUCUGGCCCAGCCCAAAUUUAACACCACUUUGACUUAUCUUCGUUUGGAAAUUGAUGGAAAUCUCAAGACCUACACUUUCUAUUCUGAUGCAGAAGAAAAUUUUCAUUGGGGUGAAAGCUUUAAGCUAUUUUAAGCAAUUUUCAAUUUUUUUGUUUUUGUUUUUCUAAAUAUAUUAUUUUAAUACUAUCGUGUUGUCGGGGUUGUUCCCACUUCCCAGGGUCAUUUUGUAUUAUUUGUUUGUAUUGUAAUUGUAUUUUCACUCAAUAAUGUUUGGAUGAUAGGUCCCCAUUCGAGGACCAGUCCUUCAAAGGCAACUUUCAAUACAUAUAAAUUCUCAUGUUUAAACAUA